CAGAUACUUCUGUGAAUAAAGAAGAUUCAAAAAUUGUCCAGUUCGAGCGGUAUAUAUAUAUGGCCUCUUUGUUUGUCAGCAAUUGUUCUCUGUGACAACCUCUCCGACCCUGGCACUUCUGGGACGCUGUCAGGCCCUGGAGGCACUUCAAGUUGGUGCCUGUGACAACCUCUGUUACCCUGACUGGAGGCUGCAGUGUGCGCCAGCUGCUGGACCAAUCAUGAAGAUUCUUCACUUAUAUUUCAGCGUUGUGUUAAUCUUCAGUUACCUUGUGAUGCUGUGGACAGGGAUGUUGUCAAAGUCGUAUAGCAGAGUGGCAGCGUGGCGGGGCAGCACACCCUUGGACCGUGGGAUCCCAGCAGCCAGACGUGACCCGAGGGCGCCAGCUGGGAGUGCUAAUACUGAGGUAGCAACCAGAGGCGUGGGACUGACAACACCAGCAGGUGAAGGUCUGGCGGUGACAGCCGUGGCGCGGUGGGCGUGGGAGAAGUUCCCUGGCCACUUGUGGCGCGGGCUGCAGCUGCCUGUGAUGACGGCCUGGCCGGCAGGGCGGCUGGGGAACUUGAUGUCCGAGUACGCGACCUUGUAUGCCCUGGGGAAGGUGUAUGGAGUCACGGUCAGGCUUCACCCGCUCAUGGACGCCGCCUUGAGACACAUUUUUCCACAUCUGUCAAUGCCUCUUAUUCCAGGUAACUUCAGUGAUAAGGAGUGGAAGCAGUUGGGCUCCCUAGGCCUCAGUAAUAAAGCAGAUAUGGAUGCUGCUGCCGCUGGGCUGAUGGGACCUCAUCUCUUCGUGUUGCGCGGCACGCCACACGAGAGUCAGCUGUUCAACGCAUACCGUCGGGACAUUCAGCGUGAACUGACCUUUUCAGACACCAUCACCACUAAGGCCCAAGCGUUCCUGGCGGUUGUAGCGAGGAACACCACCUUCCCCUCAACACCCACCUUCGUUGGCUUCCACAUCAGGCGCACAGACUACUACUUCAUGAUCAAGCAAAUGUGGGGCGGACACGUGCCGAGCGAGAGAUACUACCGUCGUGCCAUGGACCACUUCCGACGUAACUACAACUACGUUAUCUUCGUCGUCGCCUCCGACGAGCCCAAACACGUCACUGAGACGUUGGGUGGCGACCCAGAUGUCUUCCUCGCCCCAGGUCAUUCAGCGGAGGAGGACCUGGGCAUCCUGGCGGCGUGUAACCACAGCAUCAUGACGGUGGGCACCUUCGGGUUCUGGGGCAGCUACCUGGCGGGCGGCGAGGUCCUCUUCCCCAACACCACCUAUUCCGUACUUUAUAAAGUAGGACCCAAGUGGUUCCGACACUCUAAACUGGACUUCUUCAGACCUGUCAGUGAUGACUGACGCAGGGAACCACCUGGUCUGGGACGUCCUGAACCACCACCAUACUCUCAG